UGUUAUGGUGGCAUCCGAGCAAAGAAGGCAUCGGAACGCAAGCAUCAUCACACAGAACGAAGAAAGAAUCCGCGUACGGUCCUCCCGACCUGAAAAGCUGGUCGCCAAUCGCAAAUUGGCCGCCGUCGGGCGGAAUGUUAGUGCCAACCGUGUGACCCGUACAAGUGUCGUACUGCGUGCGUUCGAAGUGUUUUGCUCGAAAGCGUGCAAGUUUUAGGACUCCAAACGCCAGCAGAAAAGCAGUGCACAAGUGGGGGUAGAAUGUAGCAAAAGCAACAACAGCAAAAACGGACGGGCCCAAUUCGUUACACUUGUUCCGGAGUUAAAAAAGAAGGUUCUUACUUAGGAACCGAUUUUUGUGUGUAUAGCAAGUGAGUGUUUGUGUGUGUGUGUGCUGCGAUGCAACGAAUGAUUUAGAUUAAAAAAGCGGAAAAGUGUUCCGACGCGGUGGUUCCGUACGGCAGCGGGCAGGUUCAUUAGCAUCAUCAAUUUAAUGCUGUUUGGUGGAAGCUGUGUGUGUACGCAGCUUUGAUGACUAAUAGGAUGACCGAAUAAAACGGGAAAAGGGAGAGUAAAAAAAAAAUAAAAAGAGCCCCGACCCGCGCCAACUAUCCCUUGAUCGCGUCGCAAUAUCGCGUGUGUGUGUGUGUUUGUGUGAUUGUGGUUCGAUCUCCAGCAGGGGGUUCCUCGGGGAUACGGGAGAUACAAACUGUGUGGAGCUCGCGGAUUAGAUUUCAUAUACCAAUACCGGGAUUAGAUUUCCGAUUCUUCAAUCAUCAGUCCCACGAUGGCUUACAUAAACGUUGCCGAAUGGAGCCCGGACAUGGUCACCGACUGGUUGAAAGGCCUGGACAACUCGAUGUACCACUAUGUGCAAUCGUUCACCAACAAUGGGGUCGGCGGAAAGCAGCUGCUCAACAUACGGCCGUACGAGCUCGAGCAGCUCGGUAUGCACGUGAUCGGCCACCAAGAAAUCGUGCUGGAGGCGGUGGAAAAUCUGAAAAACUUUAACUACAACCUGGAUAAGGAAAAUCUACAGUUCCUGGCGCUGCAUGUGGCGACCGCGGCCCAUUCGCUGUCCAAACAGUUGGAAUUCUCCGACCAGGAGAAGCUAGAAACGUCGGUGCUGAAGGAUAUUACACGCACGAUCACGCACCUGAAAGCGCUGAUCGAAUGGCUCGAUCGGGCACCGUUUAAAGGUCAGCAGAAGUUCGACGAGCUGCGUAAACAGUGUAUGCGGUUCGGGCUGGAAGUGGCCACCGUUGCGAUGCGUGAUCGAUUUUCUCUUAUGCCGGUACAGGCGAUCCGGCAAAACGCCAAAAAGUUAGAAAGCAUCGGAGAGUACAUCAUUAAAGAUAUUAUGGAUCCUAUCAUACUGCAGCCGGCCUCGCUAGAUCUUGUGACGCUUAAGAAGCGUGAGUCGGAUCUCGGCUUUCUGAUCAUGCAAAGCUUCCACGGUGUACACCGCAUUACCGAAAUAAAGUUCAACUCACCCGCCCACAACUCCGGCAAGGUCGAGGACGGCGAUGAAAUAGUGCAAAUCAACUACCAGACUGUGGUCGGCUGGGAGUACAAGAAGGUCCUGCAGCAGCUACAGGAAUCACCACCAGAUGUCCUACUGACGCUCAAGAAGCGCCCAAAACAUAUGAAAAUCUACGGCCAAAUCUACAUCAAACCGUACCGCUUGCCGAGCAAAAAACGAAUCAUCCCGUACAGGUGGGGCGAAAGUUUGCCCAGUCCGCGCGUUACCGACACGUUCGCGCUGCAGGACUUUUCGCUCCCGCUCGACCGUGUCCCGGAAAAGCACGCUCCAUCCGACUCCGAAUCGGACGGCAGCGAUAUCCUAACGCCAACCGACGUAAAGGAGACGGAGAAAGAGAUCCGGCUCUAUCUACCCAAACCGCGCGCCGUACUGCAACGGCGGCACACGCUGUCGAGCUUUAAAGAUUUGGUCGGUGUUUCGUCGUGGCGGGAGGAGCGCAAAGGGAAACCGUUGCUAUCGAGCGAACUGCAAAGUUUGCGUGACAAAUCGGUUUCGUUUGGGUUUGGGCUGGAAAUGGCGCCACGACCAACGACCACGUGCCUUGGGUUGGUUGGAGGCGGAGGUGGUGCUGCUAGUAGCGUUGAUGGAUCGUCGGGUGUGGCGGGCAGUGGUUCGGCAAAGUGUAGCAGUUUCGGUGGGCUGAAAAGUUCACUUCCCGACAUUGUUCCGCAGGAGAUUGAAUGUUGUGCCGCGGUGCCGCCGAACGAUCGGUCGAUCGUGGGUGCAAAACCCACUGGGGUUGGUGGUAGCAGGGAGCAGGGCGAUAGUGAAGCGUACAAGGCGGGUGUUUCGAAGGUGGUACGGUUUGAGUCAAGCUCGAAAGCUGACCAGUGCCAUGUGGACACGAAGUACACGUGCCAGGUGGACAGUACGGUGCUGGAAACGUUCGAACCGAUACCGUACGUCGAUGAAGAUUUGCCGCCAGUCGUUAGUCCACCGACCGUUACCGAGCGCGUCAAGCGGUUUGAAUCGUUCGCGACGCGUACGACGCCAGCCACAUCUUCGCUUACCAACGGACAACACUCGGGAAGCUCCACGCCGGUUGUUGGAAGCCAUAUAGCAACACCCGCCACGAAACCAAUUCCAAUGCAGCGGCAACUAGCGAAAGAUCCAGAAGUGGCAGAAGCAAUCAAUACGGUUGUGGUUAACCGGGAAAUGGUAAAGCGUGGUCGCUUGGAUAAAAGCUACAGCACGCCGGCCUACGACGACGAGCUGUCCGAUGUUCCACCGGCCAUUGAACCGCGCAAAGAGCAUCUGCUUAAAGCACCACCGGUACCACCGCCACGCCCGAAACGUACGCUCGACACAAUCGGCGGUCCGGGCCCGGAAAAACCUCCGCCAACACCGGUCGCACCCGUACCAUCGAAAGCGACAGUGGUGGCAAUUGUGCAUCAGCCCGAAACGGCACCCGGGUUCGUGUCCUCGCUCAGCAACACGCUCGACAGCCGCGAGGACAGCCCGAACAAGUCGAAGCUGGCCAAUGUGAUCGAUCUGAAGCAAAACCGCACCCAACCGCUAGCACCGCCGAUGGCACAGGGAACGCCCGUCACCACACCACCGAAACCGGCCGAACGGACAGCCAUUCCACCGGUUCCGGCUUCCCGGCCAGCGGCAGCGAUUCCACCAACAAAGCUCACACCUUCUAGUGAAAUCAUUUCCAUUCCUUCGACCGUUAGUUCGUCCGCCGUACCGAGCAUACCCACGGACACCAGCUCCGAGCUGCUAACACCGAACAAAACCAAGAGUCUAACGCUGAAGAAGAAAAACUCGCUGCUGUCGAAACGCCGCAAAGUUUCGCUGAAAACGCUCUGCGUCAGUGACAUCCAGGGCCACCUGUACCGUCGCACGAAAGAUCGGAGCGGUAUGUCGUACUGGGCGAAGUACUACUUCGUCCUGAUCGACACCACCCUGUACGGGUUCAAUCGGAAAGAGUCGACGAAAGCGAACUGUAUGAUAUUCCUGUCCGGGUUUACGAUUUCGCUCGCCAAGGAGGUGCAUUCGCGUCCGCACGCCUUCAAGGUGUACCAUCCGAGCAAAACGUUCUACUUUGCGGCCGAAACGCAGGAAGCGCUCGUCCAGUGGAUGGAGUACAUUCGGCAGGCGACACUGAAGGGUGCGGCGAGCCUGAUAGCGGGCGAGCCAGCCGACCAUCACAGCUCCCGGGAACUGUUUACCGAAACGGACAGUUCAGACGAUGAGCUCGGGCUGAUGGACAGCACCACGAAGCUAAAUCUGCUGUGCACACCAUCACCGCAAGCCGGGCCCGGUACAGCAGCAGCAUCAUCCCACGGCAGUACGGCCGGUGGUCCGGAUGGAACACCGACCUCCUCGAAGCAGGACCAUCGGUACCAUCUAAACUUUGGUUCGUUAAAAAAGUUCACCAAAAUCGGUUCCGAUGCAAGCCACGGAUCGUCGGGCGGUGGUAAAAAUGGCAAUGGAACCGGAGGUGGCGGCACGUCCCAUUCGGCGUCAAGUACAAGCGGCGGCACCACCAGCGAAGGUAGCAAAUUCUUUGGUUUCUUUUCCUCCCACCGGAACGUGGAGAAGAGCAACUCGAGCGAGAUGCCCGUACCGACAUCACAGUUUAAAAGUUAUCGCAAAGUGCCCGGUGCGGGCGGACUGCAAAUCGGGACGGCUUCCGCCUCGACGGAAGUUUUCCCACUGUCUGCCGCUGCCAUUGCCGGCUUUUCGAUGGGUGCUGCGGGUAGCGAUGGUGAAAAUUUUAGCAUCAGCAUGCUAUCGCUUGUGUCGAGUGCGAGUGAAAAAACGGCCACUCCGCCGGUUCCGGCACCACCACAGCCACCACCAAGAACGGCUACACCAACGCCACCACCACCGCCACCACCACCACCCCCAUCGGUGGUUAUCCGGGAACCGGCAACGCCGACACUGCUCGCCGAUACCGAGCAGCUGCUAAACCAGACCCGGAAGAGUAAGCGUAUCUCGCCCCACAACUACAUCCACGCGUCGAACCCGAAUCUGGUCGAGUUUGACUUUCAAACGUCGAAAGCGAUGGACUUUUCCGUGCCAAAGAUACACGCGGGCAACACGUGGGACACGAGCACACACUCGCACAGCAAUCUGCAGUCGAUGAUCACGCUGAAGGAUCUGAUGCUGCAGAAGCAGGCGGAAGAAGCGCAGGACAUGUACAACAAGCGCGUCUGUCUCGGUGUGGAGAAGCUCGAUGACCGUAAGGGACGGAUGAUGGUGAUGGGUGGUGGUGGUGGUGGAGGAGCAUCGGAACAGCCGGGUCCUUCAGCGCCUGCCAUCCCGGAAGCGGUGAACAAAAUACAACGCCGUCAGCUCCCGAUCACGCCCGACUACGCGCAAAGUUUCAAGCUGGACGAUGAGGACAUUCUGUACACGCGCAGCAAGGAGGGACAAAAGCUGCGUGACUUUGGGUACGAAAUGAUCUCCGGUGAUGAUGCGUUCGAUCAGCGCAACAAACCGGGUCGGCCGACGGUGGUUGGACCGACUGCCGGGGUUGGUACGGGUGUGAAUGGUGGUGCUGGAGGAAGUGGAAGCAACGGAGCGAAUGGAAACGGUGGCAAUGGCCCUGGUGGCAGUAACGGUAGCGGUGGUGGUGGUUCGAUAAAGAAAAAAACAUUUAAUUGGAUAAAUUCCGAUCGGAAGGCGGCUGCAGCAUCCGGUAGCGAUACAACAACCCACCCGGAAGGCACGGUUGUGAUCGGAUCGGCCACCAGUUCCUCGUCGUUGUUCAGCACCGCCGGACCGUGCGUUGCUCCCGAACAGCACCGAUCGAGCGGUUUGUCCGCCUCACUAUCGCUGCGGGACAGCUUCAAGCGCAGCAAGAACAAGGCGGUCAUUGCCCGGCUCGACAACAUUAAGGCCAGCAGUGAGAAGCUCUUCCAGUUUAAGCAAUCGAGCAGUUCCGGCGGUGCGGCCGCUGGCACCAGCAACAAUAACGAUAAGGAAUCGCUCAAAACGAAGCAGCUCGAUAAGCCGGCCGCACCGGGUACGAUGUUGGUGAACGUGAAUCUGAAACAUCAACCUUCCCAUCCACCGCAGGCGCAUCCGCUGGCACCGUUCGCCGCGAUCGUCGGUGGGCUUGGUGGGAAGAAAAACAACAACGAGCUAAAUGCGGCCUUGGAACACCAUUCCGCGCUGCUCUUUCAGCAGACGGCAGUGGCGGGGAGCAACAGCGGUGGUGGCACGAGUGGUGGUGGUGGUGGUGGUAUUAAAAAAUCCAACACGUGCAACAGUUCGUCGGAUUUUAAGGAGAACUCGAGCAAACUGCAAAACAUGCGCAAAAACUCUGCCCCCGAAAGAGGUGUCGGUGGUGCUAGCGGGGGGAACGGGGGUGCUAGCGGUGGCACUGGCGGCAAUGGGGGUGCUUCGUAUUUUACGAAGCUUAGCUUCGGAUCUACGAAAACCGCCAAGGAGAAGAAGCUGCUCGGUUCGCCCGGAUUGCAUCGGGCGAUAUUUGGCAAGAACCAUCAUACCCAUGGCAGUAGCGACAGUCCACCGGCUGUGAUCGAUCAUGAGGUGUUUUCGCCGAUUUCCUUCCCGAAGGUACAAGCACCUCCCUCAAUGGAAGGAGGCUCUUCAAACAGCAGCACUCCCAUGCCGCCCGGAUCUGGACAAUCAAACUCUGAUUCCAGCUCACCUUCCACCACCGUGCUGAUGCCAAACUUUGGUCCCAAUCUGGUAGCCGUCGCACGCAACUCUCCAGACUAUCCCAACAUGGAGUAUCCACCGGUGUUUGAGCCGGAAACGUACUCGCUGAGCGAUCCGAACGCGAGCCUAACGUUGCUAAAGCGUCGCCAGAAUCAUCAUCAUCAUCAUCCACACCACCACCAGAAAUGACGACGUGAGAAACGGCUCGCGACGGUGCGCGAACAUGAAAUGGGAUAAGCGAGUUGCGCACGAUACCUUUACUUUGAUUUUAUUUUAGUUGUUAAUCGUAGAGUAGGUUAUGUAGAUGAGAUUCUCUGCCAUUUCUAGUUGGUUCGAAACCAAUCCACAAACUGGUGCGUGUGUGCAAGUCCGCUGUUUUUUUUUUUUUUUAGGAUUUCCUGUAGCCCCCACAGCAAGGCAAGGCCAUUAUGAACAAACAAAUAUUUAACGAGAAGGAUUGAUAUUGUACGAUACAUGAUAGAACUGAGCGACUGAGUGAGGGAAGCGGUUACGUUUUGUAAAACUCUGAUUGAUAAGAGAGAACCGAUGAUAGACAAACGAAACACAAAACAACAGCAACAAUAUUGUUCAAAUUGUGAUUUUAGACCCUACUAUCCCUAGGUGUAUAUUUUCCGUGUUGAUGCAUAGCUUUUUAGCGUGUUCUAAUAGGUGCAUAAAACUGGGUGGUAUGCAAAGUAGUGGACGCAUAUGCAGCCAGACAUAUAUCACUAUUUAAACAACAUCCACACUGCGUACUAUUAACUUAUGAAAGCGUUUAUCGGUGCAUUAGACUGAAAGCGUGUUACAGCAAAGGGAUAGUUUAAAUUAACGUGAGAAUGUUACAGCUUUGUAAACAGUUUAGUAGUGGUAGUAGUAGUAGCAGUAGCAAAAGGCAAAAUCGCUGUUUCGAGAAUCAGCGCUCUGAGGUUGUUAGAUAAAACGGAUGACACCAAAACCGAAACCUGUUGGCAAAAGCGUGAAUGUUACAAUGUAGUAGAGAAUGUAUUUAAUAACGCAAUCGGCUGUUUAUGGACCCCCCCUCCUAUAUACCUAACACUGAUGAAACCAAUCCACUAUCGUUAUGUAUGUAGCCGCCGUACACAUUCCUAUGCUGUGGUUGCAGAGCAUUGAUGCGACUGGAUGGAAGCAGAAAGCGCAGGCUGCAGUACCGUAUACCACUAGUUCCUCCCUCACAGGCCAAUAUAGAACGCUAGUAUUGAUUAGAUGUGAAAGUAGGCAAAAACACGCCCCCUGCAUGUAAUAUGAUGUGUAUGUGAGUGUGUUUACAAACUUCGCAAUGCAUUGUUGAACUCUGUUUUCUGCACAAAAAUGAUACACAUAAUAAAUAGUGCCUUACGAUUAAGAAUGCA